AUGCGGACUGGCGAAUGUACCAUCACACUGCGGGAUGUCGAGGUGUUAUAUGGCAUUCCCGUGGAUGGCCACCCAUUGGUGCAGAGAAAUGUUAAAAAUAUAACUAAAUCAAGGUGGCAGGAAUUGAUGUACGACCUUACUGGUUGGUUGCCCGGAGAAGAAGCAAUUAUAGGUAAUACCUUGUUGGUAAUAACACAAUUAUCUAAUCAUUUGGGAACCUUGAUUGCCAAUAAUGAUAUUAUUGAUGAACACACUGACGGGGCUGAGGUACAAAAGAGGGUCAGGUUGUACCUGCUUUGGUUGAUUGGUGGCAAUAUAUUCCCUGAUAAUAGUGGUUCAAAGCUUAGUUUACACUUCUUGCUUGACAUAAUAGACCUUGAUGCAAUAGGCGGGAAAGCUUGGGGAGCGGCAACAUUAUCAUACUUGUACAGUUGUUUAUGCCGUGCUUUGAUGGCCAAUAGCCGUGAUGUUUGUGGAUUUAUUGCUUUGUUACAGGUACAUGAAUUUCAAUAA